AUGUCCUCCUUAUUGAGCAUUAUGGGCUUUGCCUUGGCUAUUGCUCCAUUUGUUUUCGCUGGGUUUGAUCCUAGCUCGUCUUCAAACAUUGCAGUAUACUGGGGACAAAACUCGUAUGGUCAGGGUAGCGGCUCCUUUGCUCAGCAGAAUCUUGCCUACUACUGCUCUAAUACUGAUAUUGAUGUUAUCCCUGUUGCAUUCAUGAACGGCAUAACUCCUCCUAUUACAAACUUUGCCAACGCGGGAGAUAAAUGCACCACUUUCCCUGACAACCCAAAUCUCCUUAACUGUACUCAGAUUUCGAAUGACAUCAAGACCUGCCAAAAGACCUAUGGCAAAACAAUCCUCCUAUCGCUCGGAGGCGCCACGUAUACCCAAGGAGGAUGGUCUUCAGCUACGGAUGCUCAAAAUGCCGCACAAACAGUGUGGAAUAUGUUCGGACCCUUGACGGGUACCGGAAUUGACCGUCCUUUUGGAGACGCUGUCGUUGAUGGCUUUGAUUUCGAUUUUGAGUCAACAGUCAGCAAUCUUCCGGCAUUCGGUGCUAAGCUUCGCAGCCUAAUGGAUGCCGCUAGUGGGAAGAAAUAUUACCUUUCUGCUGCACCCCAAUGUGUUUUCCCCGAUGCUGCUGAUGGUACAACACUGGACGCCGUUGCUUUUGAUCUUGUCCUAGUGCAGUUCUACAAUAACUGGUGUCAAACGUCGAAUUUCCAAGUGGGAUCUUCUACUCAGCCCGCUUUCAACUUUGAUGUGUGGGAUAGCUGGGCCAAGAGCAGCAAAAACCCCAACGUGAAGGUCUUUUUAGGCAUUCCAGCUAACACUGGCGCUGCUGGUGCUGGUUAUACCAGUGGGUCCCAGCUCAAGGCUGCUAUCGCUUAUUCUAAGCAGUAUAGCAAUUUUGGGGGAGUCAUGAUGUGGGAUAUGUCGCAGCUUUACGCAAAUAGCGGGUUCCUCGAUCAGGUUGUCAGUGGUCUCAGUGUCUAG